AUGGCGGCAGCAGAGAAGGUGGCGAGUGCCAUGCACGAGUUUCGCCACCAGGGCCGCGUGGUGUACCGGUGGAGGCAGACGGUCGAAGAGGUCGAGGUGUUCCUCGACACCCCGCCGGGCGUGCGCGCCGCCCACCUCGACGUCAGCAUCAAGCCACGUCACCUGACAAUAGGCAUCAAGGGGAACCCCCCCUACCUUGACCACGAGCUCGGCGGGCAGGUGAACGUGUCGGAGAGCACGUGGACGCUCGACGGGGGGUGUUUGACGGUAGAACUGAGCAAGGUGCAGCUGGGCGUGUUGUGGCCGGCGGCGUUCCAGGGCCACCAGCUGGACGGCGCGGACCUCGAGGCGGACAAGAAGUCGCUGAUGCUGCAGCGCUUCCAGAUGGAGAACCCGGGGAUGGACUUCAGCGGGGCCGCGUUCAACGGCGAAGUGCCUGACUCAGCAACCUUCAUGGGGGGCAUGCGGAGAAGCUGA